AAUAUUUUAAAGAAUAAAUUUAUAGAAAAUAUGAAACAAAUUUUUUUUAGUAAAGUGUAUAAAUUUUGUUCUAUGUAAUGCUAAAUAGUAAUUUUUACAAAUAGCAGUUUAUCGUAAAUUCAAAUUUAUUUAUUUUUCAAGUAAACUUGAUAAUUAUGAGUGGUUUUAAUGGACCAAAAAAAAAUGUCUAUGUGUACGAACUACCUUAUGCAGAACGAAAGCAAUUUUGUAGUAUAAUUGACAUGAAUGACAAGUGGGAAGAUUUAGGUGGUAAGUAUAUGAAGUUUGAUUGUGCUACUUUGUUCAAAAUUGGUAAAGCUUUUAUGCGAAAUCAUUCUCCCACUGAUGAAUUGUUAAACUUAUGGGGCGAACAAAAUCAUACUGUUUUAGAAUUAUUUAUACUCUUAUCUGAAAUGCAACAUUUUCAAGCCAUGGGAAUUCUUAAACCUUUUGUUGAUAAAAAAUACCAUAAAUUGAUUUAUCAAGGUGACCAAAAUUUUAGUAAUCUAGUGAAUACAACAAGUAGUAAUCAUAAUUAUAGUCGGACUGAUGACAAUCAUAUUACAUUAAAUUCUAAUAGUCUAAAGAAAAAAAAUUAUGUUAACUUAAAUCAACAAUAUAUAAAUGUAAAUGAUGAAAGAAUUGAGAAGAAUUUGGAUCCUUCAACUAUGUUAUCCUCAGCUGAGGCAUGCACACCAUUGAUAACUUAUGAUGAAUUAGGAAAAGCAACAAAUAAUUGGAAUAAGACAAAUAUACUGGGAAAAGGAGGUUUUGGAGUAGUUUUUAAAGGUAUUUGGAAAAAUACUGCUGUAGCUAUUAAACGACUUGAAGCUCAGAAAGGAGCUGAACAAGAAUUUAAUGUUUUAGAAGCUCAACGUCAACAAUCAUUACGUGAAUUGAAAUACUUGAACUCAUGUCGACAUGAUAAUGUAUUGUCUCUCUAUGGAUUCAGUAUUGGUGGUGAAAAACCUUGUUUAGUUUAUCAAUAUAUGCCUAAUGGUUCAUUAGAAGACCGUUUACAAUGUCGACAAGGAACCAAACCAUUAACAUGGAGCCAACGUUAUAAAAUAGCAACUGGGUCUGCAAGAGGAUUACAGUUUUUACACAGUAUGGUGUUAAUUCAUGGUGAUAUAAAAAGUGCAAAUAUUCUUUUGGAUCCUUAUUUUGAGCCACGUAUUGGUGACUUUGGUUUAGCUCGUGAAGGCCCACUACAGCAAUAUACUCAUGUUAAAGUAAGCCAUGUUCAUGGUACAAGACCUUAUCUUCCAGAUGAAUUUUUAAGAGGCAAAAAGUUUUCUACUAAAGUUGAUACUUUUAGUUUUGGUGUGGUAUUAUUUGAAAUUGCUACUGGUCAAAGAGCAUAUGAUAGUUCUAGAAAGGAUAAAUUUUUGAAAGAAUACGUGGAAAAUUAUGAUAACUCAAUUGAAUUAAUAGACACCAAAGCUGGACCAGAUGAUAGUAAUAUGUUUCCCUGCUUUAUUUCUCUGGGCAAAAAUUGUGUAAGCUAUAGACCUAAAGAUCGUCCUGAUAUGGAACAAGUAUUAAAACAAUUUGAUAUUAUCAUGUUACAAGAGAAACAACAAUGUACCGUACGGCACAACUCUAUACCAACAAAUCACCUUGAAUUACAAAUGCGAAAACUAUCCAUACCAUCAGGAUCAUAUCAUCCUCAGGCCUGGCUAUUUAGUCCAGUCCCUAGUAACCAGUUAUUAAAACAGAAUUCUUCGCCAGCUCCUCAUUAUGCUGCUGCUACAGCUGUUACUACUCCUGAUCAAGUUGAUGUAGUUGUUAUGCCACUAAUUGAAGAGAGAGAUAAACAUUCCAUAAAGUCAUCAAGUUCACCAACUUCUGUUGAAUUCACAAUUGGUACUCCAAAUGUACCAUUUAUCAAUGUUUCGUUAUCAGAAACAAAAUCUCUUUGUGAAAGUAAAAACAAAUUUUCAGAGAGCAAACUUCAAACUAUUGAUUCAGAAUUGCAAAGUUCUAAUAAAGAGUCAAAAGUAAAUUUUGAUGAAAAAUAUUUUUCAAGUCGAUCCAGUUAAAAAUAUUCAAAACACAGGCAAAUAAUGAGAAUUUUUAAGAAUGUGAAAUUAGUUAUUUUUAUGUAAUUUUCUGUCAAAUAAGUUCAUUUUUUCAUUUUGCUAGGUAAAAAUCACAUGAAAACGUAUAUUUUAAGUUAUUUUAACUGAGUCACACGAGUAAAGAGAAAUAUAAUAGCAUUCGUCUUGCUACAAAUGUGCAGAAAGGCGGCAGUUUUAUAAUGGUUUGGGAUUGCCCGUCAGGAAAAGGAACUGGGAAAUUGCAUUUUGUACACGGUACAGUGAAUAGUGACAAAUGCAUUCAUAUUAUGGAAGAUUAUAUGCUUACUUUUAAAAAAAAGUUUUCGAAAGACGCAUAAUUUGUCAUUACUAGCAAGAUAACGUUCCAUGUCACACAUCCAAGAAAAUUUCAAAAUGGAUAAGUGACCACCAAAUUCCUCUUUUGGAAUGGUCUGUCCAUUCCCUAGACCUCAAUGUAAUAGAAAAUGCUUGCAAUCAGAUUGAAAGAAUGAUCAAUGAUAAACAUGUGCGCAAUCUCAAUGAGUUAAAAAAAGAUAUAGCUCUUGCUUGUCAAAAUUUAAAACAAAUUUACUAUGAGAAACUUGGAGAAUCUAUAGCAUGAGUUCAAGAUUGCUAUUAAGCUUAUGGAGGGGCAACUUUAUACUAAAUAAUUGAACUUAUAAACAGUUAAAUAAAUCAAUAUAGUAAUUGCCAGUAAGUUAAGUUUCAAAUGGAACUAAUGCAAAAUAAGCUGUUUUCUUUUUAUUUAAUGAAUGCAUUAUAUAAAGAAUAAAGGUUCAUUCAUUUACUUGAUAUUUUAAAAUGUUUUAAAUUGUGUAAAACCUCAAAAUCUAAACACGUGAAAUAUAAAAUUUGGGGGUGUCUCAUCAUUUUGACCGCUACUGUAUAUGUUAUUAACAAAAGCCAAAGAAUUCAAUGGCUAGUUUUAAAAUAAUCACUUUGUAUAUAAAGCAUUAAGAAAUAUUUUAU